AUGGCAUCGAAAUUGCAGAAUAAAUCGUCUGUUAGUCAGCCUGUAUCUGAUUGGACGUUUGAACAGGCGCUUCUACUUCUUCGAGAAGAGAAGCAAGGGCCUAGAGAGGACAAGAUGUUGAAUCAUUGUUUGGACUUGUUCCUCGGUGCCAAUUCAGAUGUAUUUACCCAAUCGGCCCUUGCAUUUAUCGUGAAAAAUACGGGUAGUAUAUCAUUAACUUCGUCCAAGGGCUUCACUAUCAGAGGUGUUCAGUAUGACAAUGACUUGUCUAAUGUUGACAUCGAAUACGCAAAGGAAAUCUCCCAAAUGUUGAGUAUAAAUCCUAUGGAAACUCUUCGGAUUAUGGUGGCAGCAUCAAAAAGAAUUCCGGACACUCAUCCUCUUCGUUUGACUGAAGAGGAUUCGAAGUUUUGGCUCUUGGACUCGGAUAAAACUGAAGCAAUGUCUUAUUACACCAGUCGAAUACUACGAGAGCAGCGAACUAUAAUUAGAAUUUGCAUUUUGCUAAUAAAGGAGAAGAGGAUUGCUUCGACUACGGCCAAUUCAGAAAAGAUCUCUGCCUCGUUGAUGUCCAAUGGUUACAAAUUGAUAGAGUCACAGCUCGAUUUUGUUGAAUUUAUAGCGAAUCAGAUACUACACAGAUGCAGUGAAAAUUCGUUGGAUAAGCUAGUACGUCAAGAGUAUUAUCUAAUAUUGUUGGACCUUCUUAACUAUUUAAGCUAUUCAAUUUUAGCUUCGAAACGUGGGUUUACGAAGCCUACAGUUGCACGUUGGUUUGGGAUCAUGGAGAAGACAGGUAAUCUUUCUAAUAUAACCAAGAAGAUGGAUAGUAAGGAAAUGGCCUCAACUAUGGAAGGCCUUGCCACUGUGAUAUCCAUUCUCUUUCUCGAUUUGGACUUCAAUUUUGGCUCUCUUGAAGAUGAUUCAUCUUUCAUGAAUGAUCCUCAAGAUAUGUCGACGAUUACUAGCUCCAUUUUAAACACUGUAGCUAACCCCAUUGUUUUGUAUGCUUGGGCCAUUGUUCUUCAUAGAAAGCAUACGGUGCUAUCUUCGGAAUUAGAUCAUCCCAAAACCAAAGCGUUCAUUACUAAAUUUCAAUCUUUAGAGUCUAUUGAGAGCACUUUCAUCUCACUUGCAGAAGAGGCAGCCAGAUUGAACGUCUCUUCAGCACUAUUGAAGUGUCACAAAUUGCUUUCUUAUGACAACGUCUACUGCAAUAUCUUGGCAUCUUUUGCCGUGGCAUCUGUUCCAUACGUCAAAAUGGCAGAUGAAAUAACUUCUGGUAUUGCUGAGAUUAUGUCUACUGCUUCAGACGAUGUGGUUAAGCGAUUCUUCGACAAUUCAGCCUCUGAAGAUAUGCUUUCAUUGGCCAGAGCUAAGAUGCCUCUCUCCUUGAGAUCCUUCAUUGCUCUCGUGAGUAUCAAUACCAAUUUGGCAUUAGAAGAGUUUCAAACUAUUUCUUCGUACAUGCAAGUAUUCUCACAGAGCGAGUUUUGCUAUAAGUAUGCGAUAGAUGAUGAGAAUCCUGAUUUAAUUAAGCUUAUACGAGAUGUCGAUGUGUUCCCUCCAUAUGAGAACGGCAAGGAGUUAUCUUUACUUCUAAGAGAGGGUACUAAAGCUCAGAUUCUUCCUGGAGGAGGCGGUGUCAAUAAGGAUAAAAUUGUUGUCGCUUUCAUUUAUGAGUAUUCCGGUUGGGCAUUAUUAGGCCGUGUCCUUAAGAAUUUGUCUACUCGUCUGGAUGAUGAUGUGGAGAAGCUUCUACUGCUCACUCAAAGUUUCGAGUUGUUAGCCAAAGUGUUUAAAGAGGCAGAUAAAGCUACUGUCGACAACGUUAUCUACGCAUUGAAUGCUUUUGUUGGUGAAAAUGAUAUUAUCGAAAUUGUUUUCCGCAUUCUUGAUCAAGCAUUGGUGCUCAGAACUGUAAAACUCCUCUCCAGCUGUAUGAAGUUUGUGUGCUCCCUCACCUGUAAAGGAUAUUCUUAUCGCGUGUGGUCCUAUUUGUACAAAUCCAAUCUCUUGGGCCUCCAGCCGAAUGGAGGACUUGCGGCCACCGUAAUGGGCACCACAGAAAUGGUUUCCGGCGAGUUCACGUUCACUCUUUCUCUUCUUGAGCUCUCAGAAUUGCUUGUUAGAGACUGUAUUCGGAUUGACGCUAAGGUGUCAAGAAAACUCAAAGCUCAGGUUCUUGAUCGACUUCUGGCCCAUUUUGUUCAGCUAUUUGAAAACUUCACCAAUUGGAAGUAUCUUUUGUCCCACCAGCGUCUUCAGAUCGGAUGUCUUUGUGUGGGGAUAUUCAAUAUGAUUCUUAAGUCAUUAUAUGGAGUUGACGACCAAACUGAGUUGGACAAAAGAGUUAAUGGAACAUUUUUCUUGGCCUCUAAAAGAAUUAUAGGUUCGUUUCUUGUUUACGAUUCUUCUGUCCCUCGUUCCAUUAAGCCUUUAGCUGCACUCAUCGAUUCAACUGCUUCGUCUUACACAGAUCCUAUUUCUAGUGAUCUCUGUGGACUAUGGUGGUCACGUUGGUUCCAAGACUCAUUUCAUUUUUGUUCGACCCUUAUCAAGGUGCGUUCGGUUACAAAGUCAGCCACUUUAUCUUCCCUAGAAUUGGCUCUCUAUGCCAGACUUCCUAAUUUGGUGAAUAUAUAUCUCAACAAUAUGGACAAGCGUCAACUCAUUGUUGAAAUACUUACCAAUCUUGUCGGUGCUAAAUGCAAUAGUGAGCCUCCAUCUCUGCUAACUCAUCUUCGCCAAACGCAUACGGAAAUUCUUCUUAGAUGUCUGAGCAUUGAUAUGUCUAGCAAAGCAGAGACCUAUGGGUUGAAAAUUGCGUUGUAUGAUUUAUUCUCUUCCGUCAUGGAAGGAGGUCAAGAGGGACUUUCUAUUGUGUUUAUUACUGGUCGUGAUAUCAAGGAUUCGCUGCAGAAUCCAUCGAAGAACAGUCAUAAGGCUUUUUCCUUACUCAGGAUCUUGAAACAAGAUGUGUCUAUUAUCAGACAGUACCCCUCCAAUGUGGCUAUUCACAUGGCAGAUGCAAUUGCUUUGGCUUUCAGUUCGUGGACUUCUGCGGAGCAGCAGGCUGACGAUACUCAAUUUGUGAGCCAACUACUCGACAAGCUCGACGACUUUCCCAAAUCUGCCGUCUCGGGAAGCUGUGCAGAUCCUACUGCUUUUAUCAGCUACUGUUAUGAAGUAAGAUUACUUUCCAAGUUGGCUGAGAUUUUAUCUCUUUACUUAUUUGUUUUAAAGAACACUCAGUCCAAGCGGCUGAUUCUUAAAAGGCUGAACGAGUCUUCUUUUAUUGAUCAUUUGGCAUCAAAAUUCAAAGUUGUUGGUUACAAAGAGUUUCUUCAGGAAGCCGUUAAAGAUAGGUUCCACAGUGUCUGGCCUCAGUUCCAGCUCAGCCAGUUUAUAAGAGCUUCGGGUUACAAAGAGCAUCGGUUUGGACUGGAAUCUGUGUACUCUUUCCCGCUGCUGGAAAUGCUUUUGGGCACCAGCGAACAAUGGCCUUCCAUCAAACACGAGAUAGCUGAUGCCAGUGUGAACACCCAGUAUUUCUCCGUACAGGUCUCUGUCGCUAAAUCUUUUGCCGCUCUAAUCACCUGCAUUUGCAAGGUUGAUGGUAAAAAUAUGAAUCCUGGAUAUUUGCAGGUUGCUGAAUCGUUGCUAAGAGCCUGCGACGAAGAAGGUGUUCCUUCACAGCUGUUUCAGGACUUGUUCCGUGUGAGAAUUGAGUUAGCUUUUUAUAUAUGCCUUUCGUUCUCGAAGCGAGUCAAUUUCAAGGUUGACAGCGGGACUUUACUCAACGUUAUUAUUUCUGCAUCACGCUUAUUGGAUUCCAAAGAGAUUGGACUUUUACAGAGCUUGCUCAAUAUGAAGGUUUCAUAUUACAAACCACUCUUGCGAAUCUUGCUCAUCUGUCUUGAUCUGGUUCCCAGCGAAUUCAAUGUGGUGGAGUUUUCUGCUACUUUUUGUGACAUCUACAGCGAGAUUCUAUGCCGUGCUACCAAACUGCUUUUUGAUAGUAUUAGAACUAAUGCCUUGGCCUCUCCUAAAGCUGAGCUAGGCAGUUCGCGGCUUAUAGCUAAACAGGUGGACGAUGUGAUUUUGGUAAUGAAGAUGUUUAAAUCCUUUUUGAGGUUGAACCUCCCGGAAGAUCUUCAACACAGUGUGGCCAAUGCUACUAUAAACACGGGAGCUUAUAGAUCCCUUGCCUCUCUGUAUUCUGUGAGUCACUUGAUCAAAGUUAAUGACGAAGAAAUUUUUGCCGAUUUUGCACUUAUGUUUAUCUAUGAAUUAGUGCGUAACAAGACUGUUGCCCAUAGUCUUGUUCGAAAUGGAUUGUUCACAGUUCUUAUUGAGUCGCCAAUAUCUGUGCGUAUUCAGGCUGGCAAUGCCAAACCGUAUCCAAUUUCCAUGUCGAGAUUGCAGCAUUUAUGGGCGGAUGGAUUGCUACCUAUUGUUUUAACCGUGAUGGGCUACUUUGGAGACACCGUUCUUGCAGAGGCUUGUCUUUUUGUUACAGCUUUUGAAAAGCAGAUUAACAGUACAAUUCAGGCAUGGUAUGAAACGGAUUCACCGAUCAGUACCAAGUUUAUUGAGGAAACUUCCCAGAUUAUCCUUCUGGCCAAGGCCUUAAACUCUUUGGAUGCCUAUAAUUACAUAAGAAACUCUGCCAUUACCGAAGAUACUUCUGAGUUGGUUAGAUUGGUGCCUGGCCUAGAUACCGAAGUGGAGAGACACAAGCUUUCGAUUGCAUUGAGUUACUUGAUAUCGCAUCCAAAGUACCUUACUUUACGCAUAGUUCCUUCGAGUGCAGAGGAACAGAGAACAUUACAAUCCGAUGAUAGCAUGAAGUUCACAGAAGAAGUUGUCUGUUUGUUGAAGGAACUCAAGAGUUCAUUAGAGUAG